GAUUGUUGACCGGUUCGGGUGCGUGACGUCACCUGGCACUCAUUGUUGAUCGCUCCGUCACCGGCCACCGCCCACACUACCACACGCACACCUGCCUACUCCCGAAAAAAAUAAUCACCACCACAGAAAGAAAGGCAACCGCUGAAUAUGCCGCCUAAGCCGCACGGACACGAACCCGGACACGGUCAUGGACCGGGACACGGACAUGGGCCGGGACACGGUCCGGGACGAGGUGGACACGGUCCGGGGCAUGGACAUGGACACGGACAUGGACCCGGACCCGGACACGGACACGGACAUGGACCCGGACACGGCGGCGGGCACGCCGGGGGACACGGGCACGGCAGCGGUCACGGUCACGGACACGGAGGAGGCGGAGGAGGCGGAGGAGGAGGCCACAACCACGGCGGUGGGGGUGGAGGGGGUCACCAUGGAGGAGGAGGGGGGGGAGGAGGGGGAGGGGGGGGGCACCGCUAAAGGUGUUGCUUAUUCCCUUGAAUUGUCAACGGCAGCAGCGCUAUUGUAGCAAGAAGAAGGGAAUGUCUCGCCCUAGGCGUGAGGGACGUCUCGCUUCUCUCCUGCCACGCUCGCUCGGUCUGGCGGAAUCGAUCUGGGGGGGGGUUGAUCUCGCAACUAUGAUUACGUGCUCGGUAUUGUCCUCCUGUUUCAAGCGCGAUGAUGGGAAGGAGAACCGUAGCCGGUUGGUCCACGAGCCUACUUCAACAAGUGUGCCCACGACAGCCUGCCUAGCUUUGGUUGGUUGGCUCAUUGUAGCUCAUAAAACUCAUUGGUUGAUUGGUUAAUGAGGAUGUACAUUUUAUGCCACGCGAAGUUAAGUAUCGUGGUAAUAUCAUGGUAGUAUUCCGGUAGGCGUUGCGUUGUGUUCAUCGGUGCGGAGCAGUCAUCCUGGGACGGGCCGUAUGCUCGACGACCUAACCUUUUGCUCUUGUUCUUCGCGAGCGCAUGGGAAAAAAAUAAAUAAAUCGGGUCGAUGACCAGUGCAUGUAGCAGAAUCGAGCAGUGGAACAGAGGAGCAUAGUGACGACUGGAGGCCAAAAACCAAAUAUAUGGAGAGCAGGCGCGAUUCUGCCGGUGUUUGACCUGAAUUAGAUGUCUUGAGAUGUGGCCCAAGUAUGCCACACGCUCUCGACCACCAUUCGAAAAUCCCGUCGUGUACUCUGUAAUUCGGUACCUCAUGCAUGAUAAGGCACGAACCCGCACUUUAAAGAACUAACGAAUAACUCGUUGGAGAAACGGAGCCUCAAAUUUUGACGCCAGUUUCGGAGUUCAAAAGGUUGUGAUGUGACGCUCCUUUCCCUCUCACAGCCGCCGCCUCAUUUAGACAGUACAGACCUAGUCGACGUACCAGAGACUACCCUCUCCGGACAGACCUCGAAGGAAUGCGUCGCUUCGCUUGUUGGUGCGGUGGUGCACGAUUUCCUUGUAUGCACAAGCACGGGUGGCCCUGCCCGGUGUGUCUUUCUUGUGUUUUUUGUCUUCGUGGAUCGGCUCUGUUUGCAAUGCAGGGCUGGAGGGGGGG